GCGCAUCGCUGCAAUUGGAGUUGCACGGAAAAAUCAGGAGUCACCGCAAAAUGCUCUAAAGGAUCCGAAUUGCAUCCUUAGAGCUGCUAAAAAAAACAGAGGAUUUCUUGCAGGCGCAGCUUGGUAGCGCAACCGCAUCAGCUUAACCGGAACCAAACAUGAUGAAACUGCGACCAUAUGUGCCCUCUAAGAGGAUUGCCAUACGGGACUCGUCCAUUGAUGAGGAUGUCAGCGACGAUGUCGAGGACGAAGUGUUCAUCAAGGAUGCCAGGUCGGCGAAGCGGAGCGAGGAGCAGGGACUGAAGAGGCCAUUGAUGGCGCCUCGUCGCAAACACAGUCCUGGAUCUGGUCAUGGAUCCGGGUCAGGAUCGGCUCCUAUAAUGAAACAGCACAGAAGACGGCGCUGCUGUCGCUGCUGUGAACCCUUCUGCUACGCUCUUGCCGCUCUAACGGUACUAUGUGCCCUGCUUAGCUUGGCAGCCCUCAUGCUGACGCUCUUCCCGCUGCCACUGCAACGAAUACGGCACUGGUGGCGACCCGAUCCCGCCCAACUGGCGGCCAUCUCAGCUGGUUCCUCCCGCCUCAUACAGGGCUACUCUCUGGGCAGGGAGUUUGUGCCCUGCACACAGAUCAGUGUCCAAAAGCGCUGGACUCGCAGUUUGGCUCGCAUGAAUAGCGAGAGCCCUCUUCGAGCGGCUGAUCUGAAUGGUGAUGGCAUCAGGGAUGUGGUCUUUGGCUACGGGGUGGACGACAAUAUCCACUACGAGGGCAUUCCUUUGCCACGCUGUCAGUCUGCCCAGCAGGGUGAGGAGGUGCCCUGUGAGGGCGGAGUAGUGGCCUUAAACGGAUUGGAUGGAUCCAUCCUCUGGCAAUCUUGGAGCGUGGCAAACGUCUUUUCGCUGCACUGCAGCGCGGAUGUGGAUGGAGAUGGGGGCACUGAUUGCGUGGCAGCUGGAAGGCUUGGAAUGAUCUACGCCAUCAAUGGCCGCACUGGAGCCAUAAUCUGGCGCUUCCGUGAAUUAGAAGUGGAAACGAACUCACCCAUCGUAAUGGAUCUGUACACGAUCAAUGUGCUGCGUGAUCUGGAUGGAGAUUCGGUGCCGGAAAUAAUAGCUGCCCAUCUGGAGGAGCGCGAGGAGUCCAAGGCGGGCCACAUAAAGCUGAUUUCCGGAAAGACGGGCAAGGUGAUCCGAAGUAUCCCAACGCCGUACCGAGAGGAAAUGUUUGUACCAAUACAGCUGCUAACACAGGCAGAUGGGACGGAACUUCUGCUGAUCGUAACUGGUGGCCAGAACACACCAGGUGGCAUUUAUUCCUUGCGACUGCACUCUCUGAUGGCGUACACCAGUGAGAAGCACUUUACCCCGCUCCAUCGACAACAGGGAUCAGGUCUCAUGGUGCCUGCCGUGAUCACCGACCUGAAUGGAGAUGGUAUCUCGGACGUGGUGGUAGCUGCCUUCAACAGGAGUGUUCUGGCCUUCGAUGGAGCCAACUACACCAUGAUGUGGAACUAUACUUUUCCGGCCAGCGAGUGUGUCAGUGCCAUUGUUCCGGGACUCUUUAAUCACGAUAAUGUAACGGAUUUCAUGGUGAAGUACAACACUGGCCCGGGAUUCCCGGUUUACUAUUACUCUCAGACAACCAUACUGAAUGGAAGGAAUGGACAACCUCUCCUGAAUGCCAUGAUGACGGAUUCUGGUGGUGCGAAUAGUCUUCUGGGUGGGGUCUCCAUUUCGCAGAGCUUCGGUGGUGACUUCUUCCUACACUGGCAGUUGCAGUGCCGUAACCGCCCGGAUGCCCGGGAUGCCUAUGAAUUUGUACCCGAUAGCGAUAUUAUACUCCAGGCCAGGGCGGAUACAUGUCGCCUUCGAUACAACGAGUCUACGGUGCUCAAGCUCUACGGGAUCGCCAGGCACAUCGAACCACCGGGUGCCGUGCUAUUCAGUACCGAUGAUCUCGAGGUUCAGCUGAAUCGCACACAACGACCGGCGGCAGCUGGAAAAAAAUCCCCACUGAAACAUCCCAAGCUCCUCAAGAAACUCCUGGCCGGAAAUCGGGAGCAGCUGUUACGCCAGGUGGCCGCCGGAUCAGGAAUCGGUGAUGGAAAUGUUAAUGGUAAUGGCAUCGGUAGCGGAACGGAGCAACCGGGCAGGCGAUCAAAAGCCCAUCAUCGACACAAUCCUCUGAUGGAGCAGCAACUGCAAGAACUGUUGCCUCAGGGAGCAGAUAACGAACUUCCGCCUAGUUUUGGAAUGGGAGGAGGUUAUCCCAAAGAAGCGUACAAGGAGUUUAAGGACUACGAUGCCCUGCAACUUCCGCCAGAGAAUGCGAAUCCACUGCGCCUUCCCGAGGAAUACGAGUUGGUGUACAACGACGAAGUACCUCCGCUUUUGGAGCAGAGUGACCGUGACCGGCCCAUCCACCUGCGGUCAAAGUAUCCUAGCGCAGGGAGUCGGGAUGUACGUAGUGGAUUCCUUGAGGCUACUGGUACUACCAGCACCCAAGCCACGCCCAGCACCACCGGGCAACCGAUGACCGCUCAAUCCCCGCUAAGCCUCUGGGAUCUGGAGCUGGAUAACGAGGCAAGAGAACAAGCUGCAGAUGCCCUUGAGGGAAAUAAAAAGCAGAGGAGGCGUCGCAAAAGACGAGACAGUGCUUCCGGAACGACGUCUACUCUGGCUGAGGAUUCCGUUGCAGGAGAGGAGUCCUCCGGAGCCGACUGGUACUUGGCUUCCAUCUCGUCUACAGGGGUUUUGCUGAAAGCACUGGGCAAUGCCAGUUCCUCUCUGGACUUUGCCUUCGUCCUUAACAUCCGCGAAUCGGAGGCAUAUCCUCCACUCUUCUCGCCACAGGAUCUCAGCUGUGUCGAGGAGAAGAUCAGCGCUUAUAAGAGCUAUACCAUUGACAACCUGCGCGUGUUGCGCAAACAGUCUAAGCAGUGCCUCAGCGAGCGUCUGGUUGACGCGGAGCCCGCCCUUCCCAAGUACGAGUCGCAGCUGGUGGUGACCCGCAUCGGGAUCACGUGCACCUGUCGGUCCCUGCGGCCAGGUGAGGUCUGCUCGGAGCUAGAUCCCCUGGAGUCGCAACGAUGGACAGAAUUCAUGGGGAACUCGGGACAUGGCUACUAUGCCAAUCACUAAACGCUAAUCGCAGGCGAUGGAUAAUUUCUUAGCGCAGGAAUGGGUCCUUUUGACCACCUACGCUGGAGGCAUUCCGCGCCGGCCUAUCUCUUUCUCUAGAUGUCUCUGUCAACAGUCACUAUUGUAAUUUAUCGUCAUUUGCGUGUUGUGGGGUUUCUUGUAAUCGUAACAGUAUUUACCUGCGUGUAUUUGUGUAUAUUUUACGAGUUCUUUUGACAAAUAAAAAUAUCCAAUUUAAAUAACAA